AUGGUGACUGAUGCAGGUUGGUUCGAGGACGUGUUGCUGACAGCAAUGGUGAAUCAACCUAUAACAGUCACCAUCGAUGCAAGUGAUGAAGACUUCUGGCGCUACUCGGAGGGUGUCUUCACAAGGAGCUAUGGAACAAAGUUGAAUCAUCAAGUCGCCAUCGUAGGCUACGGGACAUCUGAAGAUGGUAUGUACUGGAUAGUGAAGAACUCAUGGGGACUGGAGUGGGGCGAAGAGGGCUAUCCUAUUAAGACAUCUCCCAACCCGGUGUAG